AUGCCAGAGGCGGGUAAAAAGUUUGGGCGCUAUUGGACUUUGACCCAUCUCCAAUGGUUGUGCGUGGACCUUGAGGAAGGCGUUGAUGCUUCAGAUAUUUGCCAUCCUAAUACUGUAAUACGACCCGGUGGCUUUUUGGAUAGCACAGUGAAAGGAUACAUCGAUGCGUCGUGGGAAUCAAUCAUUUCAGGAACUACUGGUGCUCGAGAUGGGAUAUAUCGGCAUCUGAAAGACUUAGCUACUGUAAAGCGUGUCGAAAUGCAGUACAAUCAGUCAUCGCCUUAUCCUGCAUCCUCUCCGCCUAAUUACGAGCAUCUCUGGAAACCAUCAAGCUCACCGCACGCCUCCUCUCCGCUGAACUAUAAAAGCCAUGUUCUUCCUGCGCGAAGCGUAUCAGAUACCAGUGCACUCACUCAUAGUCCUUCCCCCACUUCUGGUUCUGAGGAAAGUUUCUCCGAGUUUUUGGAAUCAAGAACGGAAAAUCCUUCAUCCCUAAGCUCGCCUAAGCUACCGCAGAUGGAGAGUGCGAAGGAGAUUCCUCGUUAUGCAAUGAGAAGCCGGGACGUUGAAAUGCAGGACGCCCCAAGUGAAUGGCUGGAAGACAAUUCCUUCAUGUCCGCCGAUGCAAGCUACAAUUAUUCCGCUUACGCUCCCACUCCACCGGUCCCAUCAGCCACGUACCGUUCACAAUGCAUAACGAAACAAGAAGAUACGGAUGAACGAAAUGUAGAGAUGCUAGCUAAUGCAUUCUUUGGCAUUGUAAGAGCUACGCUGGAAGUAGCCGAAUAUAAAGUCAAUCUGAAGUCCCGGAAAUGGGAGUUUGACAUUGUACAAGGGUUAAUAUGA